AUGUCGGGUAACAAUAACAACAACACCGGCAACACUGGCGGUGGAGCCAAGAACACCCCCAUGACCAAGGAGGACGCUGGUAGAAUCCAAUCCACUCAAGCCAAGUCCGGCGGCGACAUGUCCUCCGGCGGCUUCGCCGCUCGCGCCCAGGGUGCUGGCGACAAGAACGCCAACGCUGGCGGUGAGACCAAGAAGUGA